AAGCUGGCCCAGGCUCUGCAACCCAAGCCUAUAGAAAAAACAUAGCUUUACAGAAUGAACUUCAAGAGGCAAUAAAAGAUAGUGAUGUAGAACUGAAACAAUCUGAUAUUCAGCCAGAUUUAAUAAAAGAAAAAUAUCUUAGAGCAGAUAAAAAUACCCCCAAA